AUGGCGGAGGUGAAGCCCGCUCAGCUGGAACAAGGGGAAGAGCCGUGGGUGCCUGAUCUGCAGGCCUGUGAGGAAAGGAAGAUUCUGAGAGGCACCUGCCCAGGUGACAAGAGAACGAGUGAGAGUAAGGAGGAGACUCAAACUCUGGAAGUUCCUGGGAAAGUGGAACCAAAGUUGGCCUUUGAAGGGAAUUUUUCCCAGUGCUUGGAACAAGGAAAAGCCUGUGGAAAUCAGGGCAAGUCAGAGAGGCUGGCUGGAAACCACCCCAAGAAGAAAUUGUCUGACUCUAUUAACUAUGGGGGAGGAGGCAAGGAUCCUGAGGAAUCAACAGUCCAGCAGACAAACCACAAGAAAGAGCAGCCCAAUCAGUGUGUCAAAUGUGGGGAAAAGUUAAUUCGGAGAUCACACCUCGGUACACAUCAGGCCCUUUGUGUGGGACAGGAACCCCAGAAAUGCCUGGACUGUGGGAAAAGCUUCAGUAACAGCUCAGACCUUGCUAAACAUGGGAGAAUCCACACGGGAGAGAGCUCUUCUAAAGGUCUUUCCUCUGAGGAUUCUGUCAGUCGGAAUACAACCCUUAUUAUGCACCAGAAAAUCCACACAACAGAGAAACCCUUUACAUGCUCUGAGUGUGGGAAGAGCUUUAGCCACAGCUCAGACCUCGCUACAUAUUGGAGGACCCACACAGGAGAGAGACCCUACGUGUGCCUGGACUGCGGGGAAGGCUUCAGUAACAGCUCAAACCUCUCUAAACAUCGGCAAAUCCACACGGGAGAAAGACCUUAUCGGUGCCUGGACUGUGGGAAAAGUUUUGUUCAAAAGUCAGCCCUUGUGACACACCAGUCAACCCACACCGGAGAGAGAACCCAUAAGUGUUUGGAUUGUGGGAAAAGCUUCGGCCACAGCGCAUACCUCACUAGACAUUGGGGGACCCAUACGGAGGAGAGACCCUAUAAAUGCCUUGAGUGUGGGAAAAGUUUCAUUCGGAGCUCGCACCUUAUUAGACAUCAGAGAAUUCAUAUGGGAGAUAAACUUCAUGCAUGCCUCCAUUAUGGGAAAAGUUUCAUUGAGAGACCAAACCUUAUUAGACACCAGAGAAUCCACUUAGGCGAGCGACCCCAUCCGUGCUUGGAGUGUGGGAAAAGUUUCACACAGAGAUCAGCCCUUGUUAUACAUCAACGCAUCCACACAGGAGACAGACCUCAUAAGUGCCUGGAGUGUGGGAAAAGUUUCAUUCAGAGAACAAACCUCCUUUCCCAUCAGACAAUGCACACAGGAGAGAAGUCGCACAAAUGCUUGGACUGCGGGAAAAACUUUGCCCACUACUCAGGCCUUAUUGUGCAUCAGAGAAUCCACCGAGCAGAGAGACCCUACGUGUGCCUGGACUGUGGGAAAGGCUUCAGUCACAAAUCAAACCUCACUAAACAUCGGCGAAUUCACACGGGAGAGAGGCCCUACAAGUGCCUGGACUGUGGGAAAUGUUUCAUUCAGAAAUCAAGCCUUGUGGCACACCAGACAACCCACACUGGAGAGAGACCCCAUAAGUGCUUGGACUGUGGGAAAAGCUUCAGCCGCAGCUCAUACCUCACUAGACAUUGGGGGACCCACAUGGAGGAGAGACGCUAUCAAUGCCACGACUGUGGGAAAAGUUUCGUUCAGAGCUCGCACCUUGUUAGGCAUCAGAGAACUCAUAGCGGAGACAAACCUCAUACUUCCCUCCGCUGUGGGGAAAGUUUCACUGAGACCAAACCUUAUUAGACAUCAGAGAAUCCACACUAGGGGAGCCAGAGAGAGCCCCCCCAUAAAUGUCUUGACUGUGAGAAAUGCUUCUUUAAGAGCCGAGAUCUUACUAAACAUCAGAGAAUCCACCAAAGUGAGACCCUAGAAAUCCCUUGACAGUGGAGGAAGCCUCCAUUGGUGCUCAAGUAUCAGCCAAUCUGCUCCGAGAAGAAACCUCUGAGAUGUCACUAGGGUGGAAAAUGCCCCAAGCAGCACAAAGCCCAUAUUGGACGGUACUCCAGGGGGUCCGUGAAAAGUUUAAAAAUAAGGAUAGGGCUCACUGUAGUGUCUU